AAUUCGAUUUCCUAUCACGAAUUCACGAUCAGUCCAAGAAAUUCGUUUUGUCAUAUACUCCCACAAUGUUGUCGUUUUUUCAGCGAAUUUUGGACUGGAUCCGCAGUUUGUUUUGGAAAGAAGAGAUGGAGUUGACCUUAGUUGGUCUCCAGUAUUCUGGCAAGACCACUUUCGUCAACGUGAUCGCGUCAGGGCAAUAUAAUGAAGAUAUGAUUCCUACAGUUGGAUUCAACAUGAGAAAAAUCUCCAAGGGAAAUGUCACAAUUAAGGUUUGGGAUAUAGGUGGCCAGCCUCGCUUCAGGAGCAUGUGGGAACGAUAUUGUCGUGGCGUAAACUGCAUUGUUUACAUGGUUGAUGCCGCAGAUCAUGAAAAGUUUGAUGCGUCCAAGAAUGAACUGCACAAUUUGUUAGAUAAACCACAAUUAUCUGGAAUACCGGUUCUUGUCUUAGGCAACAAAAAGGAUUUACCAGAUGCUGUUGAUGAAAAAGAGUUGAUUGAAAAAUUAAAUCUUUCAUCUGUCCAAGAUCGGGAAAUAUGCUGUUACUCUAUUUCUUGCAAAGAGAAACAAAACAUUGAUAUUACUUUGCAAUGGUUAAUGAAUCAUUCAAAAUCAAAGAGUUAGAGCUUAUGAUUUAUUUUCUAUUCGUGAAGAUUACUCCAUAUAGACGAAAUUUUGUAUAAUUAACUUUCAGUGAUUAUCUUUCCUAUUGACUAAACUUUCGAACAAAACUAAAUAGAAUUAGUGAUGAUUUUUAAAUCCAAUCUUUUUUGGAUUAUCCGGAAGCAUCCCUGAUCGAUGUACUUUGGAGUACGGGAAAGUGGUUUACUCCACAUGUAGAGUGAUAAACUUAAGAAAUGAGUUCAAUAAUUGUGGCGAAGUUAAUUCAACAGUGAUAUCAGUAUUUAGGUAAAUUUUUACAAAGCAUGUGACCUGAAAAUUUAUUAAAAAAACCCGCAGGAAUUUGAAAAAA